AUGUCGAACCAUGGCAUUCGAAAUGAACCUCCAGCAGGUGAAAGAGUUGAGCCACACCAAGCUCGAGCUGCAGAUCCAGCCCCUGAAGCUCAAAAUCCAAUUCCCCUCCCCAACAAUCAUCUCCUCCCCCUAAACAUCCGUCUUGAUCGUUCGAACUACACUAUAUGGCGAUCUCUGGUUCUUGCUGCGGUCAGAGCCUACGAUCUUGAUGGCUAUGUUCUUGGUCAUCAUCCUCAACCACCAGAAUUUCUUGCAGGUAACAUUCUCAAUCUUGCAUUUCAAAAUUGGAUGCGUUUUGACCAUUUCUUGAUGCAUUGGCUCAUGAAUUCUGUCACUGAACAUAUGCUUGGUCAUGUUAUCAACUGUAACACAUCCCAUGAGAUCUGGACCACCUUUCCUUAG